AUGCGGAUGGUAGGCCCCGUGGUAGCGCUGCGAGCAAUGGUGGAGCUAGCGCGGUCGAAGCGACAGAGGAACCGCGCGUCGAGCAUGGCAACCAGCGAAGAAGCGCCAGAGACAGCGGAGGCGACUCGUAUCAACAGCGAGAUAUGCGUGUUAGACGACAGCUUUGUAGAGCGAGAGCAGGAAGAGGGUAGCGCUGAUCGGCCGACAACACUUGGCAAGAAGCGCGUAAGGCUGCGCUUCGACGGAGGCCGACGAGUGUUUGCGGUCCGUCGUCACCAGUUCACGCAGUGGAGAAGUCAAGCCACGAACAGCGCAGCGAGAACUCUUCGAGGAUGCUACACGCUUGCCCAGCAAGAGCUGACGGCCUGGAGGAACCGCUCCAAGGUGGCGUCUGCUGCGACCGACACAACACCGACCAGACAUCGCGCCUCAAGUCCACGACAGAGCCACGAUCUCAAGCGUCCACGCGCCACCUCGCGAUCUCCCGCUUUCUCCGGCACCAGCAUAUCGAGCUCGCUGUCUUCCGUCACCGACUUGGAGGAGGAACGACGCAAGGAGAUCCAGCGCUCAGAGUUUUCCCUCGAUGAGCGUCAAACCAAGAGGAAGCCGAGCCAGUGUGGAUUCGCCGAGACGACUUGCGGUAGUCAUGAGCGAUUGCUGCUUGUCAACGCGCUGCCUCUCAACGACAGCGACGACGAAGACGCUGAAGGUUCAUCAACUCCACGCCACCUCCCGUACCGGAAGACCGUGAUCGAUGGUCGCCUGGACAUCGUCAAGAACCAGUGGGUCUGA